UGAAUAAACAGUAAAAAAAGAAAAAAAAAUUGAUAUGGAAAGAAGGCAUAGAAACAUGAAAACUACCGAGUAGUUAGUAAUUAAGAAGAUCGAAAUCAGCGAAUCAGAAGAAGUAAAGUUGGCGCGGAUUGCAUUGCAGCAAAUAGAUCAUGAAAACGAAACCAACGAAACUGAAUCGAUUUAUAGAAGAAAUGGAAAUGGAGGAAGAGAAUGAUGAUACAAAUAACAACGGAAGCAAGUUCGGAGGAAUGUGGGAAAGUAUCCUCCGAAACCAUCACCACUCUCUGAAAUCUCUCUUCCAUCGCAACAAACCUGACCUCGACGCCGUCGAUGACUCCGUCAAUUCCCCCAAACCUAUUCCUCAACUCUCUCCCAUCGCCAACUCCGUCGUCUCUCGCUGUUGCAGGAUCCUUGGAGCGUCUACGGAUGAAUUGCAACACGCCUUCGAUUCGGAACUUCCUCUUGGAGUUAAAGAACUUCUAACAUACGCUAGAAACCUUUUGGAAUUUUGCUCCUUCAAAGCGCUUCACAAAUUGACUAGAACUUCUGAUUAUUUGAGAGAUUCUGAGUUCCGUCGUUUGACAUUUGACGUCAUGCUUGCCUGGGAAGCUCCUAGCGUUCACACUGAUCAACUCAUCACAACGGAAACUCCUAGGUUCCGUAAAGAUGAAACCGCUGUGGAUGAGGAUGAUGCUUCCUUGUUUUAUUCCAGUUCCACAAAUAUGGCGGUUCAGGUUGAUGAUAAGAAGACGGUUGGUUUUGAGGCUUUCUCACGUAUAGCUCCUGUUUGUAUUGUUAUUGCUGAUAUAAUAACUGUCCACAAUCUCUUUGAUGCGCUCACUAGUUCUUCUGGACGUAGACUUCAUUUUCUUGUUUAUGAUAAAUACUUAAGAUCCCUUGACAAGGUUAUCAGGAAUUCUAAGCAUGUGCUCGCCAGUUCUGUUGGAAAUCUUCAGCUUGCUGAAGAAGAGAUAGUCCUUGAUGUUGAUGGGACAAUUCCAACUCAACCAGUUCUUCAACAUAUUGGAAUCGCUGCAUGGCCUGGGAGGUUGACCCUGACCAAUUAUGCUCUGUACUUUGAGUCACUUGGAGUUGGUGUUUAUGAGAAAGCUGUUCGAUAUGAUCUGGGCACUGACAUGAAACAGGUCAUAAAACCUGACUUGACUGGGCCCCUUGGUGCUCGUCUCUUUGAUAAAGCUGUCAUGUACAAGUCAACUUCUGUAGCAGAGCCUGUUUACUUUGAAUUCCCUGAAUUUAAAGCAAACUUGCGCCGUGACUACUGGUUGGACAUAAGUUUGGAGAUCCUACGGGCACAUGUACUUGUCAGGAAAUUCGGCCUAAAAGAUACACAGAAAUCAGAAAUACUUGCCAGGGCUAAUCUAGGUGUCUUCCGCUAUCGAGCACUUAAAGAAGCUUUCAAAUUUUUCUCAUCCAACUAUAAAACAUUACUUGCUUUUAACCUAGCUGAAACUCUUCCUCGGGGAGAUAUGAUCAUGCAAACCCUGUCAAAUAGCUUAACGAAUUUAAUUGCUGUUUCUGGUAAACGUGAUAUUCCGGCGAGUGUAGAUACAAAAAAGCAACCAGCAGUGUCUCCAGCAGCAGUUGUGGCACUCUUUUGUCUUGGUUUCAAAUCAAAAAAGGCAGUUGAUAUCUAUGAAGAAACAACUGUUAUUGGUGAUAUCCGAGUUGGUGAGAUAAAUCCCUUGGAAGUGGCAGUUAAACAAUCCCUUAUGGACACUGGAAAAGCAGAAGCUGCACAGGCAACCGUGGACCAAGUGAAGGUUGAGGGCAUCGAUACAAAUGUUGCAGUAAUGAAGGAAUUACUAUUCCCAGUCAUCGAAUCUGCUAACCGACUUCAACUUUUGGCCUCGUGGAAAUACUUCUAUAGAUCAACAGCCUUUUUGCUACUCGGCUGUUAUGUGAUUAUAAGGGGGUGGAUCCAGUACUUAUUGCCAUCCAUUUUUGUGUUCAUUGCAAUUAUCAUGCUCUGGCAUAGGCAUUUUAGAAAGGGAGGUUCAUUAGAAGCCUUCACAGUAACACCUCCGCCAAAUCGAAAUGCAGUAGAACAACUGCUGACAUUGCAAGAAGCCAUUACGCAGUUUGAAUCGUGUAUUCAAGCUGGAAAUAUUGUUCUACUAAAAGUAAGAGCUCUUCUACUUGCUAUAUUACCACAGGCUACAGAGAAGGUUGCCCUAUUUCUAUUUUUCAUAGCUGUAGUGCUUGCUUUUGUUCCUCCAAAAUACAUAAUUUUGGUGAUAUUCGUUGAGUGUUACACAAGGGAGAUGCCAUGUAGGAAAGAAAGUAGCAAAAGAUGGAUAAGGCGGGUUAGAGAAUGGUGGAUCAAAAUACCUGCUGCUCCUGUUGAACUCGUUAAGCCUGAAGAGUCCAAGAAAAGAAAAUGAUAUUGGGUUACUUGAUACGGGCAAAGGUUGACAAUAUUUUCGGGGUAACCAUCAUAUAUUAAAAGGAUAUUCUGAUUUAUUUAUUCUUUUGUCUAUUCAUUCAUUUUGUAUUUGGCAUCAGGUUGUAUAUUCUUUUGCCUCUUUUUUGUUUCCCCAUUCAAUAUUAAAUAGAAGAUAACUUGAAAGUCUUGAUUGGCAUCAUGGAGUUUCCUUUUAACAUGGAUUGUUUUCUAAAUUAAAUUAAAAUUUUCUACAAUUAUA